ACGAUUCAUAUGCUUAUAUAACACACAUUGCUAGACUCUCCGAACUAAAAAAAAUAAUAUGUAUUUCUCAACAUACAACGAAAUCAUGGUGGCAACACAGUGUUAUCUUCAUGCGCUGUAACCCUUGUUUGUAGAAACCGCAUAGUACAUAUGGCCAAUCGCAUAGAACAUUGCUUGAUUCGGUGAAAUUAUUGUGCGAUCGUAACGUCUUGCGUUCCGUUUUUUAUUGUCUCUAAAUCGUAGUUUCCCAAGAGGACGGUAAUUUUCACAUCAUUGUUUGGUGUCACUGCCGCUACUUACAAUUUUUUUUAAUUUAUUUUUAAAAGAAUUCGUGCAAAGUUGUGAUGGCUAUAACUGCAGUAAAGGAGUCAUGAGUUUCAUGUCACAGUUUAAGUACACAGAGAACUGACAUACGGAUUGUUCCUUUACAGGUUUGUAGAGGUCACUGCGAAAAUGUAGCGAAACCAGAGGUUUUUUUUAAUGAUUGGAGAGUCAGUUCAAGUGAACACCAUCAAGAUGUCUGAUAAGAAGCCAUUCAGCGUCUCGGGACCCCUCAAUGAGUACCGAAAGAAAGCCAGUUUUGACUGGGACAAACUGAGAUUUUCCCUGGAUAAUGAAGAAAUUCUUAAACUGAAGGCAAAAAUUUGGAGUGUGAUGGAGUCAGAUCCACUCUUCCUUCAGCCCUCACUAACACCAAGUCCUGAUGAACAACAUAGAUUAACUAUGAAGCGUAUCAGGUAUCUGCAGGCCAAGAACCUUAUCUCACCAAAGGAUUUUCAUAAUAAUGUGAAGGUAAAUGCAUUAACUUCAACACUCGGUCAGUAUGAUGCUUCACUUGCUUUAAUUUACCCAAGAGAACUUACGGCAUUCCUGAGAGCAGUUAAUGACUUUGGUACCCAGCGACAUAAGAAGUAUAUACAAGACUGCUUGAACAAUAAGAUUUCUGGAUGUGUGGCAACUGAAGAGAUCUGCGGUUCUUGCAGGACAACGGCAACUUAUGACCAAACAUCACAAGAAUUUGAGCUUCAUUCUCCUGAUUUUGAAUCCGCAAAAUGUUGGCAGCCAAGACUCGGAAUUAGUGGUACACAUGCUGUGGUUUCUGCAAAUCUUAUCACUGGAGAUAGUGUGAAUCAUGGUGUGCACUACUUCUUGGUACCAAUUAGGGAUCCUAUGACUCUUAUGUCAUACUCGGGAAUUAUUGUUGGUAAUGUGGGUGAGAAGACUGGGCAAAAUGGAGUUGACACUGGUUUUCUGAUGUUCAACAAAUACCGUAUACCACAAGAAAAUUUGCUUAAUAGCCUUGCGGAUGUGUCACCUUCUGGCAGGUAUACAAGGACAGCAAAUGCCAUGACCUUUGAUGAUGUCCAAACUCAACUGGCACUUCACUAUUUGGUGACUUCUGCUAAUUUAUCGGCUGCAUUGCUGGCAAAGGCUGUAACCAUUGCAGUUCGUUACUCAGCUGUUCGGAAACAGUUUGGUCCAACACCAAACCAAGAACUUCCUGUUAUUGAAUAUCAGCUUCAACAAUGGAGACUUUUCCCCUACUUAGCAUCGAGCUUUGCUUUCAAGAUUUUUGCAGACUUUCUUGGACAGGCUCUUGACAACCAGCACCCAAAGGAUAUCAUUGCAGCAAAGGAGCUACAACAGAUAGCAUCAGUGGGAAAAUAUCUGGUAACUAGUGUAACGGUUGAUGGAACUCAAGAAUGCCGAGAAGCUUGUGGUGGCCACGGUUACCUUAAAGUUGCUGGCAUAGGUGACAUAAGAAAUGAUAAUGAUGGAGAGCAUGUAUCUGCUCACUGUAGUAGUACUGUACUGCGCCAGUGUAGUGAGUGGUUGCUGGAAUUAUGGUCAAAGAACAAGAAGGGUGGGCUACCUUUCUCUAGUUCUGCACUUGGAUCACUAGCAUUCAUAAGGGAGCACACUGACCUAAUGACUAAACAUUUCAGAGCUAAGUCAGUGAAUGACACAAUUGUUCCAGAAGAAUUGCUGCAAACAUAUCGUUGGCUAGUAUGUUGGCUGCUGCAGGCAACAGAAGAGAAACUAAGGAAACAAGGCCGUCAGCUUUCUGAAUGUGAAGUGUUCUGUGCAGCACCACUGGCAAGAGCAUAUAUCGAACACUUUAUCUUGCAGAAAUUUGUGGAAAAAGCAAACAGUGCAAACAAUCAUUCUGUGAAGGUUGUUCUCCGUAAACUGUGUUCCCUGUAUGGUGUAUGGUCUCUUGAAAAGCACCUGCCCUUCCUCUACCAAGGUGGCUACAUGAGUGACCGUGAGCCAGCACAUUUCAUACAAGAAGGCCUCUUACAACUCUGUGAACAACUGAAAUCUGAAGCUAUUAGUCUGGUGGAUGCUCUGGCCCCUCCAGAUAGGCUUUUGUCAUCUGUGUUGGGACAGUCUGAUGGACAUGUAUAUCGUAAUAUGCAAGCUUCAUUCUUCAGCAAUCCACAGACCUUUGAACGGCCAGCUUGGUGGAAAGAUGUUGUGUUUUGGCAGCACUCAAAACUCUGAAGAAUUUUCUAUGAAAUGGCUUGAAUUUCAUAUUUGAUGUUCAUAUACAAAAUAAUUCACUCUCAGGUGAUUGGAAUUAUGUAUAUAAAUUAGUUUCCUCAUGCACAAAGAACAGUAUACCUACUGCCUAUUUAUAAAACAUUAAGUUGGCUUAAAACUGGGACUUACAUAUUCAUAUUUUUUAUAGAAAACCUUUCACAAACAUUCUUUUACAAAAAGAAACUUAAAUCAGUUACUUGAACUGGAGAUUAUAAGAGAGAGACACUUUUAGUAUCACUUCAAAAUGUGUCCCAGUGUCAUGCGGAACUUAAGAAACAAGAAGCUCUCACUUUCUGCAGUCCCAGUGUUAGACGUAUAAUGGGAGGUGAACGAAACUGCUUACAUGUGAAUAAAAAGAGACAGAAGGAAUUCAUGUUUUAGUACAGCAACCAAUAUGGUUGUGAUUCAUUUACUCUGAAGAUACAUUUUUAAGUCAGAAAUAAGAUUGAUAAUAUCUGCCACUUGAAUGUUUAAUUCUUACUACUGAAAAAGAAAGUGGUCAAUAGAAAGAUUUGUACAAAGCUAUAUUUUUAAUAAGAAUAUAUUUUUUAUAUGUGGUGAAAUAAAAUUUUAUAUUUGUCUAUUUUUAAAGGGGGUAUUUUUGUACACUUGAACAAUUAUGUGAUUGAAUAAAUAAUAUAUCUUGCUGUUGGA